CACAAUCACCGCGACUCACUCACUCGUUCACUGUUGAGAUAGAGACAAGAGAGGGCAGUGGGCACAAUGGUCUGCAUUAAGGCCAUUGCUUUUGUAGCUGUACUUGUCGCUGGUGCAUCGCUUGCCCCGGUGGGCGAGAGCCGCUAUGCUCGGAAGGACCUUGGUCUCAACCUCGGCCUUGGCGGGCUUGGAAUCGGUAUCGGCUUGGGUGCUGGUGUGGGCGCAGGUGGUUCCGGCUACAGUUCAGGCUCGGGCUCGGGAUCCGGUUCCGGAUCAGGGUCGGGUUCUGGUUCUGGGUCUGGUUCGGGGUCGGGCUCAGGAUCGGGGUCAGGUGGUCUAGGUCUUGGACUUGGUGUUGGAGUUGGUAUUGGUGGUGGUGGUGGUUCUAGUUCCGGUUCUGGAUCGGGUUCGGCAUCUGUCUCUCGUUCUGGAUCAAUUCCAGGCAUAGGAUCUGGUUCUGGAUCGGCAUCGGCUUCUGGGUCAGGCUCAGCCUCGGGAGGGGGUGGGCUUGGGCUUGGGGCUGGACUCGGUAUUGGAUUAGGUGGUGCUACUGGUGGCUCUAGCUCGAGUUCAGGGUCAGGCUCAGCUUCGGCUUCAGGCUCUGGGUCGGGAAGCGGCUCAAGGGAUGGAUCAGGUGCUAGCUCUAGUGCAGGAUCCGAGGCAGGAUCAAGUGCGGGGUCCAGUGCCGGAUCAAGUGCGGGGUCCAGUGCAGGCUCUAGUGCCGGAUCAAGUGCAGGGUCCAGUGCAGGUUCAAGUGCAAGCUCUAGUGCCAGAUCAGAGGCAGGUUCAAGUGCAAGCUCUGGUGCCAGAUCAGAGGCAGGUUCCGAAGCCAGAAGAGUGCAAGGCCACCAUUGACGCGAGAUAGGAUGAAGACAUGAUUCUCUAAAUACUAUGUUAAUUCUACAGCAAGGCCAUACAUAUAUAGUAAUGAUUUCGACCAUGGUGAAGGAAAUGAUAUUUGAUGUAUUUAAUUUUGAUAAAGAUUAAACAAUUUGGUUAUAUGAAAACUCGUGUAUGCUUUGAAUAAAGGAUCCUGGAUGAAUCUCAAAUGCAUGUUGUUCUUCAAUUUUGAAAUUA